AUGCAGUACGUUCAGCUUACAAUCGAGCUCAUCACCAAGGCCUUCGAGACAUUUUCUUCUAAGAAGGGAGUGGAGUUUACCAAGAAAGAUGCAAAUAAGAUCUUUAAGGCGCUUGAUGGGGAUAAGGAAGUGGAGAGAUACUACUUUUGUGGAGCAAAGUGCGUCAAGUCCAAGCGUAAAUGCAUGAAGGAAGUUGACGAUGAAGGCAUGCAUUGUUAUGUCCACGAUCCUGCGCGCAAGUAUGAUGGUGAUACGUCUGAUGAUGGUGAUACGUCUGAUGAUGCUGGCUCUGACGAUGAUUCCCCUGAUGAUAAAGACUCUGAUGAUGGCAAGUCCAAUAACAGACCUAAUGUAGAAUCUGGAGAUGAUACCUCUAAGGAUAACCCUGAUGAAAAACUAUCUCAUAAAAAAUCAGAGAAAGACAUAGCACGUGCGAAGGACAGAGGAUGGAUGAUUCAUCCUAAUAACGACAUGCUUGAGUAUGCAACUAAGUUUACGAUGAAUGGCAAGUACAUUGUCAGGCUAUCUGGAAAGAAUACAUACGUUGGCCUGUUUACGCUUGAUGCUCUGCGCGGUGUCGGUGAUGUUCCAGAGUUGGAUAUCUUGGAACGCUCCAUGCUUAGCAAGAUGAAACUUCAACCAUUGUCUGAUGAAGAGAGAAAGACGCUUUUCAACGAGGAGAUCGAAGUAGAAGAAGAAGUACCAGUAGAAGGACCAACAGAUAAAUCCAAGGUGAUAUGGAAAAAACUUAACAAGUACUUGGAAUAUUCCGAGAAUGUACUUGUAAAUGGAAUGCACAUUCUCAAGAUGCGCAAAAAAGACACUGUAAUCGGCUUGAUGACUGAUGACCAUAUUGCUGCAGAGAAUGUAGAGUGUCAUUCUCUUAGCCAGAAGGAAAAAGAGAAGUUGUUUGCUAUGGGAUUUAAACCGCAUGAGCAUAAGCAAAGCUUGCCACAGAAAGAUGAGAGCACAUGUGAGGAUGAUAAAGAUGCUGAGGGCGAUAAAGAUGCUGAGGAUGACAAAGAUGCGGUGGGUGAUAAAGAUGCUGAAGAUGAUAAAGAUGCUGAGGAUGAUAAAGAUGCUGAGGAUGUUAUGUGGAAAAGUCGAGACAAAUUUACCAACAACAAACAAAAGCAGAAGUUAAUUGCCAUGGGGUUCACGAUCGAGGAAUUGCCUAAAUUGUACUCUCCAGAUGUAAAGUUUUGGUAG